AUGCCAUACUUUGAUGCCGAACGGUUCGCUCGUUUAUUAGAAAAAGAAGGCUUUUCGGCAGUACAGGCUAAUACUAUUAUCCAUGCCUUAGACGACGUAGUUGAAGAAAGUACCAUCAAUGUGACAAGCAACUUGGUGAGUAAAGCAGAUCAGGAAAAGACCAUUGAACGAUACAAGCAAGACUUUGUAAAACUUAAAAAUGAAAUACAAGCGAUGGAAAGAAGGGAUGUGGAGGAAGUCAAGUUUGCCAACGAGAGAUUAAAAGGAGAGAUUGAGAAACUGAAAAAGAUACUAAGAGAAGAAAUUACACGCAGUCAAGCAGGUGUUCGAUUAGAUCUAAACUUGGACAAGGGACGUAUUAGAGAUGAAUCUGUUGAACAGCAUAAUAGAUUACAAGAAACAGACACUAAAAUUGAAAAUGAGAUACAGGCAUUAAAAAGACAGAUGGAAACGAUCAAACUACAGAUAUUACAGUACAUGAUCGGUACCAUCACGGGUGCUGGUACUUUAGUGCUGGGCUACAUCCACUUCUUUAGCUAA